UAUAUUUUCAAAGAGCCCAAAAUUAAAUACUCAAAUUCACGUAAAAUACAAAAUUAUAUUUGCUCGUUCUCUCAAUUAAUUUUGUUGCCAUUUCAUUUUCAUUAAAAAAAAAAGUUUUCAUUUAAGGAACUGCUGUUAUUGUCUAUGACCCAUGUCAUUGUAAUCUGUGAUAUGAACUAAACUAACCCCAUAAUAAAAAUAACCUAAUUUUUCGUUCAAAAAUGUUUAUGGUUUGUUUGUUCUAAAAAUGACGGAAAAAAUAAUGUACUGUCCAUUUACCUCGUCAGUAAAUCCCAGUUUCUGGAACAAGUUAACUGCAUUAAAAUUGGACGUCGACAAACUGAGUGAAACAGAGCAUCAUGUUUGGGGGUACUUUCAUAUUUUAGGCAGUGAAAAUGUACCCUCUUCGGUCGUUGAAGUUGACAGCACAUCAUUCAAUGAAUGUUUUGUUAGCCAGAAGGUGUACAUUCCUUUCGAAGGUAAAGUAAUAAAUAAAAACACCAUUGAGCAGUUCAAAGAGUGUGAUAAAAUGCACUUAAUUAACAAAGAAGGUAAUAAUUUGCUGGGAACAAUCAAAUCUGGUGAAAUUUUAAGGAGACCUUCAUUGCUAAACAACUUUUUUGUGCUUUCUUUUGCGGAUCUCAAAAAAUACCAUUAUUAUUACUGGUUUGCUUUUCCUGUUCCCGGAGGAUUAAAAUUAGAAAAAAGUAGUGAACAACUGAUUUCUGAAUUGUUUUCAGAAACAUUUUUAGAAGGCCUCCUUAAUGAUUUUACGGCUCUGGUGGAUUUACAGAAAUCAUAUUUUGUUGUUGAAAAUUGUGGAGAUAGACUUAUUGCACAUACCCUAGAGUCUAAAAUAAAAAAACUUAAUAAAGAAAAUAUCCACAAUAUUUACUUUGCUUUCUACAAUACAUCAAAUAAUUUGUCCUUAAUAGGAUCUCAAUUAAGAAACUAUGUUGCUGUAAUUUUAUUUUAUUGUCCAUUUUUGAAAGGGAGCCUUCAAAAUUUUUUGGCAUUCCAAAUCAACCGAACUACUUCUUUUUCUUGUAAUAAAUCAAUACUCUACAGCUUCAACCUUCCCACUGAUUUUGAAAUGGAUAGCAUAUCUUGGGUUGGAUGGGAAAAAAAUGAGCGGGGCAAAAUGGGACCAAGAUUUGCCAAUAUGAAAAACACAUUGGAUCCACAAAUUCUAGCUGAAAAUUCAGUCGAUUUAAAUUUGAAAUUAAUGAAAUGGAGAAUUUUGCCUGAUAUUAAUCUAGAUAAAAUCAAACAGACUAAAUGUUUACUAUUGGGAGCUGGUACUCUAGGUUGUUCGGUUGCCAGAAAUCUUUUAGCAUGGGGUGUGAGAUACAUCACCUUAGUUGAUAACUCCACUGUUUCAUUUUCUAACCCUGUGAGACAGAAUUUGUUUACAUAUGAAGAUUCUGUUAACAUGAAACCAAAAGCAACUGCAGCUGCGGAUAGACUCAAAUCAAUAUUUCCUGGUGUGAUUUCAAAGGGAUUUGAGUUAAAUAUACCCAUGCCGGGUCAUAGUGUCGGAGAGAGUCUGUUAGAGUCCACAACAGAAAAUAUUGAUUUACUAACAACAUUAAUGAAAGACCAUGAUGUUGUAUUUCUCCUGAUGGAUUCCAGGGAGAGUAGAUGGCUACCCACCAUGUUAGGUAGUUUUUUAAAUAAGGUCGUCAUAAAUGCUGCACUUGGGUUUGACAGUUACUUGGUUAUGAGACAUGGAUCAAGGCAAGAUCAUCCAAUUGAGACUGUUGUCGCAAAAGUAAGAGGCUAUAAAACAAUUCACGGAUCAAAUUUGGGGUGUUACUUCUGCAAUGAUGUUACUGCCCCAGGGAAUUCUACUCAUGAUCGAACUUUGGAUCAACAAUGCACAGUCACCAGACCAGGGGUGUCACAAAUAGCCGCAGCCUUAGCAACUGAACUGGCAAUAUCUAUCCUUCAACAUAAUGAAGGAAGUGAUGCGCCGGCCUUUUAUAAAACGACAAAUACCGUUGAGGAUAUUGAAAUCGAAAAUCAGUGUCUUUUGGGAGUCCUACCUCACUCAAUUCGAGGUUUUUUGUCUUCGUUUGAACAAAUAUUGCCGGCCAAUAUAAAAUACAAUCAGUGUAUUGCCUGCUCCGAUCUGAUUCUCGAGGAAUUUAAAAAAUCUGGUAGCGAAUUUUUGCUGAAAGUAUUUAAUAGUGCGAAAUAUUUGGAAGAUGUUACCCACCUAACUGAAUUAUAUAAGGAGACAGAUUUUGAUGAGGUAUUGGAAUUUAGUGAUGAAGAAAUUGAAUUGUAAAACAUUUCUCAGUUCUUGCGUUUAUGUCUAACUGCUUUUUAGAAAAUAUAAAUAUUUUCAUUGGGUUGCCAUUAAUUGGUUUUAGCACUUUUGUAUAAUGUAAAUGUAUUGGAUAUUACAAAAUAAGUAUUAACAUUUUAUAGUCAAUUUUGUUUAUGUUUAUAUGGGCGUUUUUAUGUGAAA